UUUCUCCACAGUGAGGGGACGUCAUAAGUAAUGCAUUCUUUCUCUCUCUCUCUUUCAUUGAGUUGAUAAGUGCUAGAAGAGCCAACGCAAACGUGUGCAUUUUCAGUUUACACCAUGGAGGAGGACGCGGGACAGUCUAUCCCAUUCAAGUACCCCGCCUCUGACUUCUUGUUGACUGUCGGAGGUAUGUUUCUUUUCCUCCUGGAUGUGGUGCUAGACGUGUGGGCGGUGGUGACGUUUUAUCAACAAGAGGCUUACGUGUUCAUGGGACUGCUGGUGUUCCUACUAAUGGGCUCCUCAGCCCUGGUCCAGGCUUUCAGCUGGCUGUGGUACCACUAUGACAAGGACGGGACUGAGACCAGGACAGAGAGCCUUGUGAAGAGCCUUCACUCACUCAAGAUCCUUCAUGUGUUCCAGAUGGGCGUCUACCUCAGAUAUGCUGGUCUGGUGAGGAUCUCUAUAUGUGGCUUCUGCUGUAGAAAGCGUUACAUGGAGGGCAACGCCGUGUAUUUGACACAUGACCUUAGCCUGCUGCGCCUCAUCGAGACCUUCUCUGAGAGCGCGCCACAGCUUGUCCUCAUGAUUACCAUCAUCAUCCAGAGGGGAGAGGUGGAGCCCAUUACAAUCUUGAAGGCGCUUGGUUCAGUGUCUGCCAUCGCCGUCAGCGUGACCAUGUAUCACCGCUCCCUGCGUUCCUUUCUCCCAGACAAGACCAAGCAGGGCUGGAGCUCCUCAGUGGUCUACUUCAUGUGGAACCUGCUCCUGAUUGGUCCACGUGUGGCAGCAGUCGCCCUCUUCACCUCGGUCUUCCCCUGCUUCAUCGCUGCCCACUUCCUGUCUUCCUGGAUGGUUCUAUUUUUCGUCGCCUGGCAACUGAAGACAGACUUCAUGGACAGCGGCGGUGGAGAAUGGCUCUACCGGGCCACCGUAGGUCUCAUCUGGUACUUCAGCUGGUUCAACAUAGUGGAGGGGCACACCAGGCAGCGGAGCAUCAUCUACCACACCUGGAUAGGAGUGGAUAUUGGGAUGCUUUGUGGUUUUUGGGUGUGGCAGAUGAUAAAGAACCCUCCAUAUUUUGAACUGCCAUUAGAUUCCUAUGUCAUCUUUGUCAUUAUGAUCUCACUCUACAUAGCUGGGCUCUGUCUCAAGGUGAUAUACUACAAGUUCUGUCACCCAAAGAUUACAAAGCUGGGAGAAGUUGAGUGUCGCCUCGAGCCGAUGUCGGAGUCGGUGGGGCUCCCCCCAUAUGGGUUAGAUGUUGUUGACUCUAGGUUAAUGGGUCAUACAGAGCGUCCGGAACCGUCCGUCAGGGUCAAUAAAAGGAUGAGGAAUUUAGCUGAUAACUUUUACUCUUAAUCCGGAUUAUCAGAUGCCUCCUACACAUUAAGACUGUAUGGGCUUGUUCAACAUUGCAGCCGACAACCCAGCCUGGCAACUGCCAACUGACUGAUCUACAAAUUACCUUGGAUCAUAAAUAACUACUCAUUAUUUGUAGAUCAGUCACAAUUGAAACACACAAUGUUUAAAUUAAACACACCUUGUACUUGUUUGAUGAAUUAAGGUCAGUAAUUAGUAAGGAUCUCCCCUCACCUGGUUGUCUAGGUCUUAAUUGAAAGGACCCACACUCGACCCUCCGUGGAAUGAGUUUUACACCCCUGCCCUACUUAAAUGAACUAUAGCUUGACGAGCUUGAGAAAUGUUGACGCUUUCAUUAAAAUGACUGGAAUGAUUUGUUCUAUGAACGACAAGGAUGGCGAUACUAGACAGUUCUGUUUGGCACAGUGCAUUUCUAAUAGGUAAGGUAAACAUUACAGUAGUGUUUAUAGUGGUCAUGGACUUGUCUUAUUAAUGUGAUCUCGUGAGUACAGCUAAUCGGGGUUACUUAUUGACAGUGGUGGAAAAAGUACUAAAUUGUCAUACUUUAGUAAACGUAAAGAUACCUUAAUAGAAAAUGACUCAAGUAAAAGUGAGUCAG